AUGUUUAAUUUGCACGCUCUGAACAAUGGUGGUAGAAAACCUGGGAAUGUCCAUCCUAGCGCCCGCGAUGAAAAAAAACACAUCCAGCGGGCUUUUUUUGGGCAGACCCUUCUCUAUUUCCUGGCUGGAAUUUGUUUUUGGAAGCCCUCGUUCCACAUACUCCUCAUUAUUUGCUUCCCCUCUUUUUCUACCGCGUUACCACAGGAAAUGGCCAGCAAAGAAAUGAAGGAAUUGCGAGAGAAGUACACGAAAGAAACCAUUGAAGAUCAUCAAAUGACUGUAACCGGGGGCACGGAAACCGAUCUCCUGCGUUGUGGAAAGUGCAAACAAACCAAAUGCACAUACAAUCAGGUUCAAACCAGAAGCGCAGAUGAACCCAUGACCACGUUUGUGUUCUGUAAUAAUUGUGGACAUCGGUGGAAGGUGAGUUGUUUCUCUAAUUCUCUAUUUAUGGUUUUGCAUUCACUGAGUCCCAUUGCUUUUCGAUAG